CUCGUCCCUCCCUCCCUCCCUCGUCCUAAUCUAUUCUAGCCAGUGUGGCUCACAGUGUCAGGCGGAGAGGAGCUACGGACUGCCGCUCCUCCCUCCAUUCGUCAUUAUCUCUCACAUCGCUCCCUCUCUUAAAUAACCGAGAGAGAAAAACGGAUUUUGCACUGAGGGAGACGAGAAGUUACAAAAUAAACACACAUAGACGAGCGGACGUUCGAGGGAGAAAGCGGACGAGGAAAUUAGGAUACCUACUAUUUUCAUUCACUGUAAUCGCGUAAACCAUACAGAUAAGAGGAAAGGAAAUAAAGGAACAAAUACACUGAAAAUAAAAAGCUCACAAUAACUGAAUAAACACCAGGAAAGAAAAGACAAUACCUAGAAAAAAAAAAGAGAAAAAGGAAGUCACGCAACCCAGAUAAAUACAACAGGAAGGAAACAAAGGAAAAUAAAGGGCGAGCCACAGAAAAAAAAAAAAAAAAACCGAGUACAAGAGGAUAUAAAUAACACGUCGAUGAGUAAUGCGUGAGAAGGAGUUUAUGGCUCUCAGAGGAACUACGUCAACUUCACGUCUCACACGACGGCAGGUGGGUGGUGCGGUGGGAACACUCGAUAAAGCGUGAACUACUCUAAUUACGUGGCGACCGAACCACCAGAAGGCAACGGCGCGGCGAGAGUGAGGGACGCAAAGCAGACACAGCUGUCACCACUACUACCACCACCACUACGGCCACUUGGCAGGAAACGCAACUGGGACAAGAAUAUACAUUAAAAAAAGCAAAAAACAAAACAAGUGUCAAGUGAAAAACCGCAAUAAAUCAUGAAGAAACACGAAAUGACAUAACAAAAAAAAAAAAAACUAAAUCGAAUAGAGGUGAAGAAGAGAAGGAGAAACAAGAGAAAGAAAGGAGAAUAGACAGUGAAACAGAAAUCGUGACUAAAUUUGGGAGAUACACUGAAAUAAUACAGGAUGACUCGAGUUGCCUCAAUGGAAGUGAAGUCUGGCAGGCCCGGAGAUCUCCCUCCCAUCGCGGUCAGACAUCUACGAGUCGCGGAGGAGUUCUGGAGUAAGCAGUAUGCAGACAAGAACCGCGCUGUGCCCCUGGUGGUGGUCAAGGAGCGCCUCAUGCAGACCAGGGAUGCGGACGCUCUUCCCAAUGGCCUGGUCACACAGCUGCUUCGUAAGGCGGACCUCAAUCAGGAUGGCUACCUUAACUUCGAGGAGUUCAUGACCUUUGCAGAAGCAUCGGCCAGAGAGUCACGGUCCCGCCAGGCAUUCAACCGCGCAGCCCUGAGCGUGGUGCCCCGGGGGGAACGCACGGUGGAGAAGAGGAGCUACCUGCAGGAGUACAAGUGCUGCCCACCCGCCCUCUUCAUGGUGACGGCGGCGCUGGUGGAGAUCGGUGUCUUCAUCUUCUACGUGUACGACAUGGGGAAGCCCAUUACCUCAAAUGGGCCGGCACCGCUCUACAGUCCGCUCAUCUACAAUCCCUACCGGCGCUACGAGGCUUGGCGCUACGUUAGCUACGCACUCAUACACUCUGGCUACAUGCACCUGACGAUGAACCUGGUGAUGCAAACAAUCCUGGGACUGCUGUUGGAGCUGGUGCACGGCUGGUGGCGCGUGGGGCUCAUCUACAUGUCCGGGGUGCUGGCGGGCUCCCUCUCCCAGUCCCUCGCUAUGCCCCGGGCCUACCUUGCGGGGGCAUCAGGCGGGGUGUAUGCCAUAGUCUACGCCCACCUCGGGAAUCUACUCUUGAACUGGUCUGAGAUGGAGUUCCGGUGGCUGCAGCUCGUGUUGUGCCUCGGCCUCUCCGUCGGGGACGUCUCCAUGGCUCUCUGGGACACCUACGGGAGCUCCACGCCCUCCAACACGGGGCACCUGGCUCACCUCGGGGGCGCCGUCGCGGGGGUGCUGGUGGGGAUCUACAUACUGAGGAACCUGAAGAAGAGGCGGUGGGAGAAGUACUGCUGGUGGGUGGCGCUCGUCCUCUACUUUAUUCUGAUCGGGACGGGUAUUAUCCUCAAUGCCUCGCUUCCUGACUACUUCCCCCCCAGCGAGUGAUGAGCUGACUUGAGAGGAAUGGUUUUUGUAUGAGGUUGUAUUCUGUGUGUGUGUGUGUGUGUGUGUGUGUGAGAGAGAGGCUAAUUUAGUGUUGUGUACUAGAUUUAUUUCUUUUUGUAGACUAAAGAAACAGUUAACAGUUGAAGAAAAAUGAGUAGAAGGGAAAGAAUGUAGAGAAUUUGUGUUAGAAGAGAAGAAACAAUAGCAAAAAUUAAAUAGUUAUGAUAAAACUGCAAUUACCCCACACACACACACACACACACACACACACACCGCGUAGUGUAGUGGUUAGCACGCUCGGCUCACAACCAAGAAGGUUCGAAUCCCGGGAGCGGCGAGGCAAAUGGGCGAGCUUCUUAAUGUGUAGCCCUUGUUCACCUAGCAGCAAGUAGGAACGGGAUAUAACCCGAGGGGUUGUGACCUCGCUGUCCCGGUGUGUGGUGUGUCAGUGGUCUCAGUCCUACCCAAAGAUCGGUCACUAUGAGCUCUGAGCUCUUUCCGUAGGGGUAACGGCUGGCUGGGUGACCAGCAGACGACCGUAGGUGAAUCGCACACACACACACACACACACCACAAAGCACAAACCGAACAACAGCAACAACAGUGAUACACGCACAGUUGUACAAAAAAUAAACAAAGCAACCAAUUAACCAAUCAGCGAACAACCAAAGUGUAAUUGCUUAGUCCGGUCGUCUGUGAUAUCUGUCCGUAGCAUACCUACGUACGUACGUACGUACUUACGUACAUACCUACAUACAUACAUACAUAUAUUUUUCCAUGACUGCUAUUCUAGUGAGUAUCGUGAACUACUUUUUAUUCUGAACAUUUUCGUAGUUAACCCAAUAAGUAUUUUCAUUACUUUUUACUUCCAUAUGUUCGUUGCUUUUAUAUGGUUAUUCCCUAUGACGAAAAUAUUCUGCGAGUACAAAAUAUUACCGCUGGUAGAUGGACAAUAUUAUAGUAGAGAAACUUAGGAAGGUAUGUAGUCAAGAAAGGAAAAGGCACCAGUAGAUACGGGUAGACGUAAGGGAAGGGAGAUGGAUAAGUAGAAUACAGAAAGGUAGAUGGAUAAAGUAAUAGAUGAAUGGUUAGACAGAAAGACAGACUGGAAAAUUCAUAGGUACGUAGAUAGAUAAGUGGAUAGAUAGGUAAACUGAUAGACAGGUAGAUAUAUAAAUAGAUAGACAUAGAUAAAUAGAAUAACGGAGACAAGACAGACACACAGACCGACAAAUUGAUAAAUAUAAUAAAUAUAAAGAUAGAGAGAUAGAUGAAUAAUUAGAUAGACAGAGAUAGAUAAAUAACUGACUAAUACCCGUAUAAAAGUAGAUACGUAGAUUGAUAAUAUAGUUUAACAGAGAGAUAAGGUACAUAGAUAGAUAGAUAGAUAGAUAGAUGGAUGGAUAGAUAGAUAGAUAAAUAAAUAGAUUUACAAACAUGACAAUAAUAUAGUUAGCUAAGGAAUAGUAAAGGUGUUAUUUAAACUGACUAUUCAUCUGCCUUAUUUUCUCUCUCUCUCUCUCUCUCUCUCUCUCUCUCUCUCUCUCUCUCUCUCUCUCUCUCUCUCUCUCUCUAAAUAUUUAACAAUGACCAAAUA